CUGGUGUAGCUGCCUUGAAAAUCAUUUAAGCAAGCUUCUUUAACAGGAGUGCGGGUCAGCUGGGCCAAAGAUGAAGUACAGUAUGUCCAUCAAUGACACCAUCAAUGACACCAUUUGCAAUAUUACCUCCACCAAUUGUAACAUUUGCAAACUGGAUAUCCCUCAACUUCUGAGUUAUAGUCCUUUGUUUCUUCUGGGUUUCCUCAUAAACGGUGCUGCUCUGCGUGCCUUCAUUGCCACACGGCACUCGUGGACAGACACCCACAUCUACAUGCUGAACCUGAAUAUUGCUGAUUUUUCCCUCAUCCUCUUCCUUAUCUUCCGGAUUUAUGAUGCCUUCUUCUGCCUGGCUAAAACUUACUUGUGUACUUUUCUCAUUAACAUACAUUUUCUCAACAUGUAUGCCAGCAUCUUCACCACAUCGGCCAUCAGUGUGCAGCGCUACUUGACAAUAAGAUUUCCACUGCAUGCCAGAUCAUGGAGGAGGAAGAAACAGGUAGCUUUCGCAGUGUGUUUGGCCAUUUGGAUAUUUGUGAUAAUGGCAUGUGUUAUACUCAGGAAGAACAACUACCCUGAAAACCUCUGGACAUGUUUUGAAAGAUGUAAAAAUAUUCCAUUUCAUACAUGGGCUGUUAUGUCAUUGGUAUUUAUAGGUUUUCUCAGCCCGCUGUUGAUUGUUGUGUUCUGCUCCAGUCAGAUCAUCCUAAUAUUUUUAAAGGAGGCUGUCAAGUCAGAAGAAAUGAAAAACAUUGUCGGCAUAGUCACAGCCAAUAUGAUUGUAUUUAUAGUCUGUUACACACCAAUCCACAUCGCCUUUGUUGCUGACCUCUUCGACGAACUACCCCCAAACUGGAUGUGCGAAAAAUUACCCAUUCACAGAUAUUUACUCGUGUCUGAAUGGAUUGCCUCCUCAAACUGCUGUUUCGAUUCCAUCAGCUAUUAUUUUUUAUUGAAAGACUUUUAUUUAAAAGCCAGUGACUCUUAAAACCGUAUUUAAGUGCUGUAUUUAGAAACUAAAUAAUAUUGUUAAAGAAGAUUGUAGUGCAAGUUAUGUUUGAGGUUGAAAGUGGAAAAAAAAAUCUGAUGCCUUGAGACUUUUUUUUUGAGCAUUUGGUACAUGUGGAAGUUUUGGUUUUUCAAAGAAGGGUGAAUUAA